AUGAAUGAUUCGACAAAAAAAAAUCUAGCAUAUAUGUUCGAGCUAUCAGUUUUACGUCGACGAGAAAGUCAACUUUCAUCAUCAUUAUCUUCUUCACUAAACAAAGUAGAUUCCACAAUGCAACAAUGUUGGCUACCAUGUGAAGCUGAUUUAUCUAUUGAGACAUCAGUAUGCCAGAAUACUUUACCACCGUGUGAAUUCUGUUUUGAACCGUCAAAUUCAGUUAUUAUGACGGAUAUAUUUAAUACUAAUCGUGAAAGACAAUGUAGUGAACCUGUUCUUGUGCCCGAGUCAACAACAGCAUUAGCUGAUGGUCAACAACAACCUCAACAACAAUCACAUUCAUCUGGUUAUCAGUCUACAUUUGGUAAUGAACUAUCACCAACACAAAAUUAUUGGAUAUUAGGCAUUAAUGAUUAUGCAUCAUGUCAAUCAACAACAAGUGAUGAUCUUUUCAAUGAUCAAGAUCAGUGUCUAUUUGAUGAUAAUUCAACAAAUACAACAACUAAUGGUACUGAUGAACAGGAUAUCGAUGAUGAUAGUUUCGAAGUACUAUCAUUCGAAGCACCACCAGAGAGUUCUAUUUAUUUCAGAGAAUUUCAAUAUACAACAUCACAUAGUCAAAAUAAUGUUUGUGAUUGUUGUAAUAAAUUAUUCGCAUCAGUAUCAAAUUUACCUCCACGUCGUUGUUAUUACUAUGGUAAAUUAUAUUGUCCACGUUGUCAUCUUAUGGAUUAUGCAUAUAUUCCAGCAAAAAUAAUUAAAUCAUUUGAUAUGCAUCUUUAUCCAGUAUGUCGUCGAGCUAAAUCAAUUCUUCAAUCAAAUUUUUAUCAACCAAUAUUUGAUAUACAAAAUGAUAAUGAAAAUUUAUAUGUAUUACAACCGAUAUUAUCCGAUAUACGUUCAAGUCGUAUACAAUUUCAACAUUAUUAUGCAUAUUUAUCAACGUGUACACGUAUUGAAAAUGAAUUAAAUGAAAAAUUUUUAAAAGAAUUUUAUGCACGUGAUUAUCUUUAUCAAAGUAUACAUUUAUAUUCAUUAAAUGAUUUAUUAUCAUUAAAAAAAAUUUUACAAAUACUUAAUAUAGCAAGUAUACGCGCAAAACAACAUAUAUAUCAGUGUAUGAUUUGUCGUGAGAAAGGUUUUAUUUGUGAAAUAUGUAAAAAUCGAAAAGAUAUACUUUAUCCAUUUGAUGAUAUCAAAACAAUAGGACGAUGUAAUAAUUGUUCAAAUAUAUAUCAUAGAAAAUGUUGGGAUAAUAUUGAUCAUGAUUGUCCAAAAUGUUAUCGUCUAAUACAACGAAAACAUGAACAAGAUAUUAUAUAA